GCUGAAUUCAAAGAAGGAAAUGACUAAAUCGAAGCUGCUGAAUUCAUUCAUCGGUUAUUCACGUGAAUAUUCUAUAGCUGAAGGCGCUGCUUUUUUUCGUCGACGACUAUGAUCGGCGGUUUUGAUUGCGGCUGAAAAGAUUGGAAGGAAGCUGAACAUUUUCGAGGAUUAACAUAUCCGCUGUGGGUUCUUAUCGACAACACAGAGGAUAGAGACUCAGGAAAAGAGAAUCCAUCUGUUUCAGGUAAGGAAUAAAGUUGCAGGCUGUCCUCAACUCUGCUUUCACUUUACACCUUCUGGUGGAUUGCUGCAAUGAUAAGAAGUCAUGAUAAGGAUUCCAAGCUGCUUAUCUGGAAGUAUUACACUCACUUUUUAAUCAUUGGUUAAGAUUUUUCCUUCUUUGUUCUCCUAUGGUCAAAGUCGUCACUGUUUCUGGGAUUCGUCAACCCUCAAUCUAGUUUAUUUCUUCAUGGGACCUCACUAAUAUCAUAUAGUUUUAUCCAUACAAAUCUGAAAAUAAGUUAUUCUUUUGUUUUGUUUUUUAUUCAACUUGUUGCUUGGAAAUGACAUCUAGUGUAUUUCAUGUAUCUAGUUGUUGUGCUGAGUAGUUUCUGAAAAAACUAUGCUACCAUAGCCAAAUGCAGAAUCUUUUUCGGUGGGUCUGAUGGCACAGAUAAACCUGGACUAUAUCCAAAUACUAGUUUUAUGCCUAAGUUUUGUUUGUUUAUGUUAAUCGAGUCACAAGGAUAUCUGCUGCUGAAAUUGGUUUGAAAGAUCAGCUAUACUUUUAUGAGUCAUAAUUCUCAAUGCACAACAGUAGACAUGUAUUGAUGCAUCAUGUUUAGCCGUUUAGGGUAGACAAGACUUCAAGUGUCUUGUCCUAACACGGUUACAUAUAUAUGAGAGAUGUGCCAAGAGCACAGGUAACAUGUUCAAAUGUCUUCCUUAUUUAAAUCAUCAUCUGCUCAAAUCAAUAUUUCAUUAGUAUCACACUGAAAUAGACAUCGACUGUAUGACUGCAAGUAUACUAAAAUAUCAGCCUUCUUUAGCCGCGGAAAAGCGGGGGGAUUUGUGAUAUUUCCAUUUAUCACUUGGAGGUCUCUCCAAGAAUAUCAUACUAUGCUAGCAAAGUUACAGAUAGUUAUAUUAACUAGUGGGUACCCAAAUUAUUAAGAAGUGGCAAGUCAGUAAAGUAUUUUGAGGAUAAGAACAUCUUGUACCAUGGUGCAUGAAUAUGGAAAUUCGAGUAAAUGACUCACUUAUAGUAUCUUGCAUGUACCCUACCCACAGGGGAGCAUCCAUGGUUAUUAGAUGAUUGGCCUCUUUCCUUUACACCCCACCUCCACCACAUCCCUCCCACCCAUGAGGGGACAUCCAUGAUUAGGUGAUUGGUCAGUAAUAAAAAAUAAUCUAGCAUUUAAUUCCAAUAAUAGUAUACUGGUUAACUAUUUGGUAUUGGCUUGGCAACCACAAGUCACUAUAUUUUUUGUGAAGUUUGGAAGAUCGUAUGUUUUCACUUUACUCUAAUCGGGUAGAAGAGGAAUAAAUGUAUCUCUAUUUCUACCCAAAUAAGUAUCAAUUUCUUUUAUUGUAUAUAAGAGGACUUUGUGCGAUAAAGAAAUGAGUAAGAGCUGCGAUGUAAAACACUAUACCGUUCUGUGCGUGACAUUCACGUAUAGGUUUUUUAUUAAACCACCCUUUUCAAUCCAGUUAGUUUUAACUUAAAUUUUUUUAAAGCAUUUUGUGCUCUUAAUCUCUCUGUGUGUGUUUGUGUAUCAUACUAUCCUUGGAUCUUUAUAAGUCCAAGUUUUAGAGAAGCAUGACAUAUUUACAUGUGGUGAGAUCGUGAAAACUCUCACAGCUGCAAUAGAUUCUUGUAUGUGCAUGUGUGUUUUGUUCCUAUACAAGAUUACAUACGAAAACUAGACGUGGCACUGGGGACAGUCCUUGAAUCUUUUUCCCCCAGUUAUGCUUAGAAUAUUUAUCCUAUAUAUAACUGUAUGCCAUUGUACCUCUUUUCCUAUUAUAAACCAAACACUUCAACCAUUUUCCUCUUUCACUUUCUUUCUUCUUAUUCUAUACAAUGGAACGCCAAGCUGCCUAUUUGAGGAAUGCUUUAUUUGAUCAGGGAUAUCUUGAUGAACAGUUCCUUCAACUGGAAGAUUUGCAAGAUGAAACCAACCCUCACUUUGUUGAAGAAGUGGUCAAGCUAUUCUACACUGACUCGGUCCGACUAAUACAAAGCAUUGAACUGACACUAAAAAACACCCCUCGGGACUUCGAGAAACUGGAUAAGAUCAUGCAUCAGUUCAAGGGUAGCAGCACUAGCAUUGGCGCCAAAAAGGUCAAGAAGGAAUGCACACAAUUUCAAGAAUACUGCAAUGUUGGCAACGUGGAAGGGUGCAUUAGGGAAUUCCAAGAGGUAAAACAAGAGCAUGCAGCCCUCAAGAGGAAGCUUGAGCAUUAUUUUCAGGUCUUUCACGUUGUGCAUCUUGCAAGAGAAGCUCGUUAAGUCGCUUACAUAACGAUUAUAGUGAUGCCAAAUAGCUACCUACUGUAACCUUUUUAUAGAAUGAAAUAAACUUCGAAAUGUAUGUAAACAAGUGAUCAGUUCUACAUAUCUCAUUUGUUGAUUUA